GAUCGCAAUACUAAUCCGCCGGUAUCCUGCUUGAGUACCGCUGAGCGGACGGGAAGCGCUAUGUUCAGGAUCCAAUGGUCGUAUGUGAAGGAUAGCAUCAAUUACAAUAUACAUGACGCUUGUGAAACGUCUGCAAGUCAAACUAGCACAUGCUUUGCGGAGUCGCCCUCCAAAGUUGUGUCCUGCAUGUGCAUAUCUGUUGUUCGAGUAUCCAGGUAUUCCGCUUGCACGUGACCCAACUGCCCUCCACAGAGCAUGGUCUCCACCCGUUGAAUCACUUCACCAUCACGUUAUAGUGUCUUGCUCGAGGUCCAGCAGGACAUAUCGAGCAGGAUCCUACAGCUUCCCUGCGACGUUCCAGAACAUCCAGGCCGUAUUCCAUCGCUGCGCCGCAAAACCCCCUCCAGCAAAUAACCCACCUCACCGUCUUUCCGUACAUCCAUCAAUCGUACAUAUACACCGGGGCCCACUCAAGACAUGCACCUCAAUCAAGCACGCCGAUCCGUGCAUCCUCCCAUGCACGCCGUCCCCAGCUCGUAUAUCGCACAGCACUCUGUUUAGCCUCAGUGGACCGCAACGAGCAAAGUAUCAUGUACCCCAAUCUCAAGUGCACAUGCGUGUGCCAGCGAACUGACACCGCGCCCACGUUGGAUAGACGAGACCAUUGACGCACGUCAGACGCGCCGCUGCAGCGUGCGUCGGCGUCCGUCCCUGAAUCGCAACGUUUCUUGUUGAGCUCCGUCCUGCGCGUGAAAUUGUCCGUGGCGUCACCGCGACGUGCCAGUGAGGUGAGGUACUUUGUUGACGAGUACCUGCCAGGUCGCUUUUUCACAUGCCAGCCCGUCCGGUCCGUCACCUAGCCUAUCAUUCUCCAUCGUGGGGGACGUUGCGA